AUGGCUCAAUGUAAAGUAUGGCUAGACAACUAUGCUGGACAAUACUACCCCGGAAGCCAGAUUCAAGGAAAAGUUAUACUCAAUUUCAAUAGUCAAACUACUUUGAGAAGUGUAAAAAUUAGAUUAGCUUGCCGUGAACAUACCGAAUGGAUGGGAGAAGAAUCUUAUUUGGAUCCACUAACCAAUGAACGAAGAGAUAGACAAGUACUCUUACAGGGAGAUAAUGAUGCUUUUGCUACUGAGCUGAUUCUCUAUGGAGGUCAAACUGGUACAACCGCUUUAUCAGCUGGUCAGCACAUCUAUCCGUUCAACGUGACUUUACCUUUUGACAUACCAGGGACCUUCAACUGUGAACAUGGUUCUGUCAGUUAUUUACUAAAGGCGGUUGUCGAUCGCCCUAUGGCCUUUGAUUACGAAGAUGAAAUCAUUUUCCUCGUUACGGCUCUAGUGGACCUCAAUAUGUUGCAAAAACCAGAAUUGUUGGAGUCAACUUCGUAUUCGGAUGAUAAAACGCUAUGCUGUUGGUGUUGUGCCGAAGGGCCGAUAUCAAUCGACGUAGAACUACCUAAAAGAACACAAAUACCAGGAGAAACCGUCAACAUCACAGCCAGACUAACAAAUAUGUCGAACACUAAUAUAGAAGGCGUCGAAUUGAAAUUGAAACAGAAAAUAACUUGUAAGGUUUUAUAUCCAUCACCUGACGAGAACUUGAUUGAAAAUAUCCUUAUCAGUAUUGAUGAGGUUGGAUUAGGAGCUCAUGGUGAACACACUUAUAUUUUCCCGGUCAUGUUACCCAUGAACGUGAUGAUACCGAAUUUCACCAAAUGCAAUCUGUUCUCAGUGGACUAUAAAUACAAGAUAGUCGCUAAGCUGCCAGGAGUUCACAGCAACCUGGAGAUCGACAUGUACCCCGAACUGGGCAACAUCCCAAUAGGACAAAUCUCUGGGCAGCCAGGAGGCUACCCCACUGCCGCUGCGUACCCACCUAGCGGCGAAAAGGGGUACCAGCCUCACUUGGCGGGUCCGCAGGGGGAUUCAAACCCUCCGUAUCCCCAGCAGGGGCCUCCGGCGGGGUUCGUUCCACCCCCUGGGGCCGUGUCGGUGUACCCUCCUGCGGUCCCUAGCGCUCCGCCGCUGAAUGGGGACGAGCAAGGGUUCAAUUCGCAAUUGCCACCACCAUCAUACGAUUCGUUGCUCUCGAAGAAAUAA